AUGGGGACUACAAUACACACGGCCAAGGAUGUAAUUUCUGCCCUCAACCUUUCACCCCAUCCAGAGAAGGGCUACUACAUCGAGACGUUCCGAGACCCACAGACAUCGUCUGACGGUCGCGCACCCAGCACCUAUAUCUACUACCUCCUUGAGGGUGAUAGUGGUAUGUCGCACUGGCACCGCGUGCUCGACGCUGUCGAAGUUUGGAAUUAUUAUGCGGGUGCGCCGUUGCAGCUCUCGCUAUCUUGGAAUGAUGGAAACCCCGUCCGCGAUAUGGUUCUUGGCCCAGACAUUUGGACGGGAGAGAGACCACAGGUGGUUGUUGAGCGUGGAGAAUGGCAACAUGCGCAAUCCUUAGGGGACUGGACGCUUGUAGGUUGCUCUGUCGCGCCAGGCUUUGAGUUUGAGAGCUUUGAAAUGGCUAGCCCAGGCUGGGAGCCAAAGGGUGUAGCAGAGUAG